AUGACGAUGUUGAAGCUUUGGGCGCUUGUGGAAAAUGACUUUGGGCAGGCGAACACUUUGACGCCAGAGCAGAUCACGGAGUAUAAAGGGGUGUUUGAGAUGUUCGACGAGGAGGGCAACGGCGAUGUGAAGACACAGGAGCUGGAGCGGCUCAUGAGCCUCAUGGGCAUCAACCCCACCAAGAGAGAGCUCAGCCAGAUGGCCAAAGAUGUGGACAAGGAUGGUAAAGGCACCUUUAACUGUGACAGUUUCCUGGGUCUCAUGGCUCUGUACCACGAGAGAGCAAAGAACCAGGACGCGGAGCUCCGAGCAGCUUUCAAAGUCUUUGACAAAGACUCCAAGGGCUACAUCGAUUGGGACACGCUCAAGUACGUCCUCAUGAAUGCCGGGGAGCCUCUGAACGCAGAGGAAGCAGAACAGAUGAUGAAGGAAGCAGAUAAAGAUGGAGAUGGAACUAUAGAUUAUGAAGAAUUUGUGGCUAUGAUGACAGGAGACUCCUUCAAGAUGAACUGA